AUGCGACAACAGGGCGACAGCCGAUCCUGCGAUUACGCCCAACCGAAUGGAUCGACAGUCGCGACCGUCCAUGUGCAACACCUGCCUGUCUGCGACUCGAUCAUGCACGCGUGUUUUUGCCGCACGAAAGAUCGUGAGCAGCUCGUGAUUGUGGCAGUCAAGUCGCUCCAAGUUGCUGCUGAGAUGGGGGCAACGUCCGCUUCGACCUCUUUUUCUUUGGCGUGUGGUGACCUUUUGGAGCUCCUCAAGAUCCUCGCGACAUGUCCGAUGGCGUACGAGAUCGAUCGUACAUCAGCUAUUGUGUGA